AGGCUGCCAGGCGACGGCGGGCAUGUGACCGUGAUCGUCUCAUGUUGAUUUUCUGUUUCUUGUGAUAUGAUAUGAUUGUCUCUCAGUCCAGAAUUUACGUUUGAAUGCUGACUAUGUGUGUUUCUCAUUCUGCGUAAGAACAUAUUUCGUACGAUAACCGAAAUCAACAGACACCAGUUGACAUUGUUCUCUUCUCAUUUUGAUCAUAUAUAUAUUGUUUAUAUCCCCGCCAAUAUGACCACUGCAGACUCCACUGCUUCCUUAGGAGGCUCCUGGGUCGUACCUAAACAAGAUGAAACGUCAAACACCCUGCGCGUGAUGCAACGCACCAACUCGCUACUUACCGACAACAACUCCCAGGAGGCCGUUUCCACAUCGGUCUCGCAGGAAGCACCGCUUACUCCGCUCUCUUCAUUCUCAGAAAGUGAAUUUUUGGCCGAUUACGAGGACUCAGAGCCUCCUGCACCAGCCAACCCUCAACCUGAAGUUUCUGAUCCCGCUGCACCUGUCCUAUCGUCAGCAUCGUCUUCACCUGGACUUGAGUUGGUGAUGCCGUCAAUCAUGUUUGAAAGUACCUCGACCAGUAACCGCUCCUGGGUAAUCCCCAAGAAACGCAGUCAGAACCCGUUAUAUGAGAGUAGAAAGACACCUAAAAUGCCUAAAAAACGCGGCAACUCGCCAUCGCAAGAAACGCAGCAAUCAGAUACCGCUGGUUCAUCGGCUGCAACACCUGUCAGCGCAGUGAAGCGUCGUCUGCUGGAAGUCAAGAAUUAUGUCUUUGAAAAAAUUGAUCAAAACCAUCUCCUCAGAGCGAUUCUGAAUUCUUUCUUCCUGCUGAUGACGUUGCAUCUGCUAAUUAUCCCUGAGCUGUUUUACCAGAUCCCUUCUCUCUGUCAGCUCUCUGGUGCCUCGAAGAUAUUCCCAAGCAGUUGCAUCACAUCCAACCAGACUCUCUCAAACACCCCUACUGUAUCUGCAAAGUUCCAGUCGGCUAUGCGUACGCAGAGUCAAUUACAGGAGUAUCUAAACCUUACUAUCCAGUCAAUCACGCCUUUGGAGCACUCGUUGAAAGGCACUGACAUGGCGCUUCGCGAUGUGUAUAACCACCUUCGCACAGAAUACUCUGCAGCGAACAACGAAAUAGAUCUCGAGUUUCAAGGUGCUUGGACUGCCUCCCGGUCGAUUUCGCGGGCGUUUAUGGCACUGAAGGUGGACUUGGAAGCCGUUGUCGGCAAUCUAGAAUCUUACAAAUCCUCAUCAGAUCAAGUGCGCCUAGAGACAGCUAUUAAAAUGGGCAAAAACAAUAUUUUCGGUCGAUUCAGAUCUCGUGAUAUAUCCGAGACUGAGAAGCAAGAAGCGAGCGGUCUUGCAAUUACAAACCAAUUUAAUCGUCUUGAUCAAGAGCAAGAAUCGGUCAUCUCUCGCCUCAGCCAGAAAACCGAGGCCUUUCUUUCACGGCUCGCAAAGCUAGAUGAUCAUCUGGAGUCAAUGAAAGAGGUGGCUACCCGCGAGCAACAGCGUCUAGGUCGCGACUCAAAUAAGCUUAGUCAAACGAACAUCGUCUGGGAUUCAAUUGCGGGACUUUGGUCUGGGGUCGGUGAUACCACAGAGAAGAACCGCCUGGAUGUUGACAAUAAAAUCUUAAGCGAGUUGGAACGCAUCUCAUCAUAUCACAGAUUGUUAGCCGACGUUGUUGGUAAACUUGAUAAGGAGCUCUAUGCGCUACAAAAGAUUAGGGCGCUUCGAGCUUGAUGGAUGAUUAUUAUGUGCCCUUCUCGAACCAAUUGUGCUACGAAGAUGAUGAAACUUAUGAAUUUAUUGACGUCCCUUAGUAUUCCACGAAGUAAUGCGGCGUUGUAUUUCCGUGUUUUCCCUCCAUACCCUGUACUUUAGUUAAUGAACAGCUCAGCCUAGUGUUUUACAAUAGACCAGAAUGACUAGAAUACAUAAUGCUUUCUCUUCUUA